UGCACUAUCCUCUCUACGAUAACGUCUCAGUCGCGCAUGCGCUGAGGUUUUGGCGCCAUUCAUUAUAGUUAUUAAUUAAUAGUGAGUGAGUGAGUGCGUGGGAUUUGAUUAAGAAUCCACAAUGGAGGCUGAAGCCAGCGCGUCGCACGUCGCCCCGAUCCUGGAGACAGGCAACGGCGACGUCAAGAUGCUCAAACGGAUGGAGACAGUCCCCGACAUCAAGAGAGACACAGCGGGGAUUACUACGCAAUACAUUGCUACUGGCAUAGUUAAUCUCGGAGCCUUCGCUGCCGGAGUUUGCGUAGCCUGGUCAUCAUCAGCACUGCCGCUUCUCACCAGUUCCUCGGGGGUAGAACCGAGUGAAAUGCGAGUGGAACAAACUUUGCCGACCAACGGAACUGAAACCAGACUUGAGCUAACAGAGUCCGAGGCAUCCUGGGUGGCUUCCCUUCUCUGCCUGGGCGCAGUCUUUGGCUCCAUCCCUGCUGGACUCAUCUCUGAGUACUUCGGACGGAAGAAGACCUUGCUGUACCUGGCGCUGCCGCUGCUUGUGUCCUGGAUCAUGGUUGGCUCAAGUCCGAAUGUGUACGGUCUGUACGUAGGGCGGUUCGUGGGCGGCGUGGCCGUGGGUGCCUUCAGCGUGGCCAUCCCGCCCUACGUGGCAGACAUCGCCGAAAAGCACCUCUGGCCUACACUGGCUAACUUCUACCACGUGCACUUCUCCUGUGGGAUACUGUUUGGAUACAUAAUUGGUAUGGUGCAAAGCACAUCCUGGCUGUCCAUCCUCUGCGCCAGCAUUCCGACCGCCUUCUUCAUCGCCUUCAUCUUCCUCCCCGAGUCUCCUGCCUACUACAUGUCCCAGGGAAAGAACGCCGAGGCCAAAGCUGCCAUGAGAUACUUCCGAGGCAUUGACAACGAUAUCGACUCAGAACUUAAAGCGUUGAAAGAGCAAAUCAGAAAUUAUGCAAGAAAUAGAGUAACUUUCAAACAGCUCUUCAAAACGAGGUCCACUUUGAAAGCACUAUUCGUCUCGUUCGGACUUAUGAUCUUUCAACAGAUGAGCGGUAUAUACCCUGUCCUUUUCUAUACAGAGAAGAUCUUUAAGGAUUUCUCAAUCUCUCUUAAUCCGCCAGGAGCAGCUAUAAUUCUAGGAUUCUGCUUAGUUUCUUCAACAUAUUUCUCAACUAUGCUCCUCAGGUCUUUUAGAAGAAGAGUCUUACUUAUGAUUUCUUUUAUGACCAUGGCUGUAAGCUUAGGUUCCUUAGCAAUCUAUUACCAUAUGAAUGCUGGAAAAAUUCAGGAAAGCAGCACAUGGGUACCUCUUUUCACUCUCUGCAUCUAUGUCAUCGUAUAUGCCAUGGGUGUUGGACCUAUUCCUUGGUUAAUGUUGAGAGAAAUCUUUCCUGCUAAUGUGACUAGGAGAGCAUCAGCUAUAACCGCUGGUUUCCAUUGGUUCCUUGCCUUUGGAGUCACAAAGCUGUACCAGAAUUUAGUAGCCAACGUAAAGACUGGUUGGACAUUAUGGCAUUUUGCGGUUACUUGUAUUGUUGGAACGAUAUUUGUUUAUUUCUUCGUACCUGAAACGAAAGGGAAGACUUUAGAGGAGAUUCAACAGGCGUUUGAUGGGAUACAGAAGAAGAAGAAGCAUAGACAUGUUAUAGAAGUUGAGAGCUUGUCAGAUGCGGAAGCUGUGUAAGACUAAAUCGUAGAAAAAUGUUACGGCAAUCCUACUUUAAUUUAGGAAUAGAAAGAUAUAUCGGAUUUAUACGAUCCAAUUAAUUUUAAAAAUUUCAAAGUUGUUAUGUGUGUUGUUCAUAUUCCUGAAAAUUCUCAGUUAACAGAUGGUAUACGAUAGAUUUAGAGACACUGGUUUUUAUUAUUGUAUAAAUACAUAUGUAUAAACUAAUAUUUUGUUUAAAGGAAGUCGAACGUCGAAGAAUGAUGGGGUAUAUAAAUAUUGUGUGGUUUGAUUCGAACAUUUUCUACCAAAGUUAGGAGUAGUAUUUCGUUUUAAGAAAUACUUUUAUUACUUAUUUGUUCGAUAACCCAACUACUUAAAUAUUUGAAGGAACGAAUAUACUUUGUAAACAAUGCUGUUUGAAUAAAUGUUUGAAACCUACGAUAUCUUAGAAAAAAACGAAUAGUCUAAAACUAUGAGUUUGGAUUAUUUGAGAAGAUCGAGUUUUAACAAGAAUGAUGGAUGAAAGUUACAUUAGCUUAAUAAUUCGUUAGUUUAGAUAGGUUUUAUUAAGUUAUUUUUCUUAAAUU